AUAGCUCUUGGAUGGCCCUAAGAGGAUAACCGCUAACAAAAAUAAAAAACAAACUUGAAUCGAAAGUCGCAUGUGGUGCUUUCGAAUCAUAUUGGAAAGGUUGUAAUUCCAGAUUUAGUUUUCGUUCUUCGUCUGUGCUGUGAAGCAAUGUACUGAAAUGACACAGCCGACUAGUGUAAAAUUUGCUGAACUCGGGUUGAAGCAAUGGAUUACGAAGCAGAUAGAAAAGUUAGGUCUCCGUCGACCCACACCGAUUCAGGAAGUCUGCAUUCCGGCCAUUCUAGAUGGUCGCGACUGCAUCGGUGCAGCCAAAACCGGUUCUGGAAAGACGUUCGCGUUUGCUUUACCAAUACUGCAGAAGCUGAGUGAAGAACCAACUACCAACUUUGCUCUGGUGCUGACUCCGACACACGAGCUGGCCCAUCAGAUAGCGGAACAGUUUUCGGUCGCCGGUCAACCCAUGAAUGUCAAGGUAUGCGUCGUUACUGGUGGAACGGAUCAGUUGCUGGAGGCACAGCGGUUGCAAAAUCGACCCCAUAUUGUAGUGGCCAUGCCGGGUCGAUUGGCGGCACAUUUGUCUGGCUGCAAUACGUAUUCUUUCCGAGCGUUGCAGUUUUUGGUGGUGGACGAAGCCGAUCGAGUGUUGAGUGGGAAUUUCGAUGAGGACUUGGCAGUUAUUAAUGGGUACCUCCCAAAAAAGCGACAGAAUUUGUUUUUCUCUGCAACGCUUAAAGAUCUUUCACGAGAAAACAGCGUGUUUCCCAUUGAAGCGGAUGCGUUUGAAUGGUCCGAGGAAAGCAGUAUUGCAACCGUAGAGACACUGGAUCAGCGCUAUAUUCUGUGUGCUGAUUACGAUCGAGACAUGGUUCUGAUUGAAACCCUCCGAAAGUUUAAAGACGAACAGAAAGAGGCUAGCGUGAUUAUUUUUACCAAUUCCAAAAAAGAUUGUCAAGUAUUGUCGAUGACUCUGAAUACAAUCGGUUUCACCAAUGUUUGCCUACAUGGCUUUUUACGGCAAAAAGAGCGCGUUGCAGCUUUAAACAAAUUUAAGUCAAAACACGUACGGAUUUUAAUCGCAACGGACGUGGCAAGCCGAGGUUUGGAUAUCCCGAGUGUGCAACUAGUUUUGAAUCAUCGACUGCCUAAGGUUCCCAACGAAUACAUCCAUCGUGUCGGCCGGACAGCACGUGCGGGUCGAAAAGGACUUGUCAUUUCGAUUUUUCGCUUUCCUAGAGAUUUAGAGUUUUUAGGUGAAAUUGAAUCACUAAUCAACACCAAGCUGACUGAACAUCCGAUCGAUCAGCGGCUGGUCGAGCGCAUCUUCAUGCAAGUCAGCGUGGCCCGUCGGGAGGCGGAAAUGAAUCUGGACAAUAAAGAUUUUGAUGAACGGCAACAUAACUACAGGCGCAAGAGGUGGAUCGAACAAGGUUUGGACCCGGAUGAAAUGGAAGCAAAGUGGAAACAAGAAAAACAGACAAGGGCUGCGGAGCGUCGUGAACGAUUGAAAAAGGAAAACGAAGAACGGAAGCGAAUGGCAACGGAACAGCAAAUACCGGUUCAGGAUGAGCGUUUCAAAUCAGCAAUCGAAAAUAAGAAAUUUAAAAAGCGCAAAUUUGUGAAAACCGAAGAACUAGAUAAAUUUGUUGAAUCGAAAAAAAGUCGUAAAGAAAAAGUGAAGCAUAAAAAACGAAAAAUAAAGAAAUAAAUAAAAAGGAUUAUU